AUGGCUUUCUUUUUCAAUCGCGGCCGGUCGCGGCAACCUGCUGAUAUCGUCCGGACAACCAAGGAUUUAUUACUGAGGAUCCAUGACUCCCAGAAUGCUCCCAAGGCCGAAGAGGAGCUGGCUAAGCAACUCAGUCAAAUGAAGGUGAUAGUACAAGGAACACCAGAGGUCUCCGCAUCAGUGGAUCAAGUCCAUGCACUUGUCCAAGCAACCCUUCAAGAAGAUCUACUCUUUGAUCUAUCCAAAAGCAUCCAUUUGCUUCCCUUCGAAGCCAGAAAAGACACUCAAACCGUAUUCUCCCAUAUCCUUCGGUUCCGGCCUAAUUCAUAUGGCGCCGAAAAGGAUCCUCCAGUUAUCUCAUACCUUGUCCACCAUCGACCAGAAAUCAUUGUCGAGUUAUGCCGUGGCUACAUGCAGAGUCAAAGUGCGAUGCCAUGUGGUGUCAUUCUCCGAGAGGCAUUGAAAUUCGAUGUCAUCACUGCGAUUGUAUUGUAUGACCAAUCCAGUGAAGGAGAAUCGGCGAUACGACUAUCAGACGUGAAACCUAAUCAGCCGCAACGGGGGGAUGGUGUGUUCUGGAGAUUUUUUGAUUGGAUCGACAAGAGCAAUUUCGAAGUCAGCGCAGAUGCGUUCACCACAUUCAGGGAGAUUUUGACCCGCCAUAAGAGCCUCGUAACUUCGUACCUGGCAACCAAUUUUGAACUAUUCUUUGGACGGUUCAACAACAUCCUGGUCCACUCGGACUCGUAUGUCACCAAGCGUCAAAGCAUCAAGCUUCUUGGGGAGAUCCUAUUGGACCGUGCGAACUACAAUGUGAUGAUGGCAUACGUGGAGAGUGGAGAUAAUCUCAAACUCUGCAUGAAACUGUUGCGGGACGACCGCAAGAUGGUACAAUACGAAGGAUUCCAUGUUUUUAAAGUGUUUGUGGCCAACCCGACCAAAUCGGUGCCGGUGCAACGAAUUCUGAUCAAUAACCGUGAUCGACUGCUGAGGUUUUUACCUAAAUUCUUGGAGGACCGAACUGACGAUGAUCAAUUUACGGAUGAGAAAAGCUUCCUGGUCCGUCAGAUUGAACUCUUGCCCAAAGAGCCUGUGGAUCGGGCUCGACCAACUCGCGACUCGCCAUCAGCUCACACAGCCGCUGUGGCCUGA